UGUUCUGUACGGUUGAAUUUUAUCGUUUCGGUGCACGCUCUUCGGUUAUCCAAAAUCAAACUUUUCCGCGUUGUACACGCAUUUCGCGCAUCAUCAUCGAUCACGGUGUAGGAAUUUGGGACCCCAUUUCCGUAUUGUUAUUGUUGGUAUAGAGUUGUAGUGAAACUAUCCCGCUGUCUCAAUUUCGUUUCAUCAUCGAUGGUUGAUAGUAACAUAAACUGUUUAUGUGUAAAAAACACCUCCGCGAUCUGUGCUGGAAAGAGGAAACUGGAGUAAUACUUUGUUUUCCCAGUGAGUCCAGAUUCACUGUGAUGGUCGUGUUUUAUUUCUACGGAAUGAGAAAAAAAAAUUUCCUUUAAAGUGCGUUGGACACUCGCCGUAGACAGCGGAUUUUCGUUCAUGUUUGGAUGCAAAAUGCAAUAAUUUUCUUUUCCUCCCAACAUCGACCGGUUUUGCUCCAGUGGAUUAAAUUUUGUCUACACUCGAGACGAAAUUCAGAACCAUUUUAGCUUGGAUAACGGUGAAUUUUGCCAUGUGGUAGUGUUCUAUUGUUUACGUUGCUUGAAACGAAUUUUUGAGUUGGUGGAAAAGUGUGUAGCGGCGCAGUGGUGAAGAUUGUGAUUGAAUAUUACUGAAACCAUGAUUCAAUAUGAAAUUUAUAACUAAAAGCCACCAUUUUUUUAAUUUUCAAGUGGAAAUAUUAUUACAAUUCAAGGUGAAAAAAUCAUCUGAGCACGGGUGCAGUUAGUUUUUUUUUAUAUUCCCGAAUGUUUCGCAAAUGUCAUGUGGCAGCGGCGGAUGUGUGAGUGAAGGUUUAUUUUUACGGCUAUAGAGAAGACGAAGGUACCGGGAGGAAGUGCAUACAUUCUCGUUCAUCUGGCGGAAAGUCUCUGGUUGCUGAUGGUGGCAAAAACCGUUUUGCUGGGGACGGUGUUUGCAUCGUUGGAUGAUUCUUCACAAAUUGUUAGUAGAGAUCAAUGUCGGAACUCUUCUUUACGCGCGAUUGAGCAGCACUCUGAACGAAGCGAAAAGUGUGAACUUAAAACAGCUGUCCGUUAAGCCGAAACCAAUCUGGCUCAUUUUAUUACGGAGGGUGAAACGCGAAAAAUAAAAUUUAGUGUUUUUAACGAUCGUUGAUUGGUGGCGUAUUCGUUUCUGUUAUACUUGCUCACGAAAUAUUUAUUUCAACUACCAACUGUGAAUUUUGAAGUGUUUUUACUAUAUGAUUGAGGCCUAUGGAAGCUUUUGCUAAAUAAUGAAAGAUGUUCGAGAAAUUAGUGGCUUAAAAUAAGAAAAUCAAUUAAGUGCAAUUAAUAGGAAUCGGAAAAGUGGGCGGCUAAUCGGUUCCUAAUGGUGGUAUACAACGAUGACACAAUUGGAGGAUUCGAGAAAGGAUGUUCCAUCGACUGGUGGUUUUCAACCUACGACACCUCUGACUCCUCAACAAUCCCAGCAGCAUCUACAGAUUCCAGGUGGCCAUUCUGGGCUACUGAACCUGGCUUCGGAUGCUACCAGAACCUACGUAUUCCCGGGAUCGAGUGUAGUGGGCGGUAGUGGACCACCAACCAGUGCAACGAGUAUCAGUCGAAACUUGUUUGACAAUCCUAGAAACGGAGGACACUCUCGAUCUAUCAGCCAUGGAGAGGGUUCCUUUGGGUUGUACGGGGCAGUCGCUAGGCCUUCAGUGCUCAAAUCAGCGGUUAAAGGUGGCCACCAACGGGCUUUGUCCCAGGGCCAGAUUACGGAUACUCCUCUUCCUCGAUCCGGCCACAGCCGUGUUGGCUCCAAAACAGAUUUUAUCCUUCCACCAGGUCACAAAGAGCCGCCGGAAACGCGAGAAGCGGGAACCGCUUCCACUUCCGGCAAUGGUCAUUCCCGACAGGCGUCGCGGUCGGAAUCGAUCUACACUCUUCGGCGGGCGGAUCGACCUCCCUGGUGGAAACGGAUUAUGUUCUGUCGUAGUAGCAAAUUCGAAGACCGGGGCUACCGGAUCGUGGUCCCCAAUCACACAGUGCCUCCCAAAACGCCAAAACAUGACCACCCGAACGGGCGGCUGGUUGGAAACAAAAUUCGGACUACCAAAUACACACUGCUGUCGUUUGUGCCGAAAAAUCUGCUCGAACAGUUUCACAGAGUCGCGAAUUUGUACUUCAUUUUCAUAGUGCUGCUCAACUGGUUUCCCCAGAUCAACGCCUUUGGCAAGGAAAUCGCUAUGAUACCGGUACUGUUUGUACUGGGCGUGACGGCCAUCAAGGACCUGUUUGAGGACCGAAGGCGGCGGGCUUCCGAUAAGCGGAUUAACAACUCGACCUGCCGUGUGUACAAUGGGGAAUCGGAGCGCUACAAGAAAGUGCUGUGGCAAGAUGUCCGAGUGGGCGACCUGGUACAUCUGUCAAACAACGAAACGGUACCGGCGGACAUUCUGCUGCUCAAAUCUAGCGACCCUCACGGGGUAUGUUACAUUGACACGUGUGAUCUGGACGGAGAGACCAACCUUAAGCGGCGACAGGUGAUACGUGGUUUUGCCGAAAAACAACAUAUCUUUAUGCCGAGCAAAUUUACGAGUCGGGUCGAGGUGGACGCGCCGUCCACUAAAAUCUAUCGGUUUCAUGGAGCUGUGAUACACCCAUCGGGUGAGCGGGUACCGGUGUCCACCGAGAGCUUAUUGCUGAGGGAAAGUCGACUGAAGAAUACGGACUACGCCGAGGGUAUCGUCGUCUAUGCCGGUCACGAAACGAAAGCAAUGCUUAACAAUAGUGGUCCACGGUAUAAGCGUUCUCAAAUCGAGCAACAGAUGAACAUUGAUGUUAUAUGGUGUGUGAUCAUACUUAUAAUUCUUUGCGUGAUUGGUGCUAUCGGUUGCAAAAUGUGGCUGGCAUCGUUCGUGGCAGCUACUGGUGAUAACAACGAAUCCUAUCGUAUUCCUUAUCUUCCGUUCGAAAUAAACCCUGAUUACGAGGGACUACUAGCCUUUUGGACGUUCGUGAUCAUUUUACAGAUCAUGAUACCUUUGUCUCUAUACGUAACGAUCGAGCUGUGUAAAAUCAUGCAGGUCUAUCACAUACACAACAGUAUCGAUCUGUUUGAUUUGCAAACCAAUAAACGAACUGAAUGUCGGGCAAUGAAUAUUACUGAAGAGCUUGGACAGAUUCGAUACAUAUUUUCGGACAAAACUGGGACACUAACGGAGAAUCGUAUGAUCUUCCGAAGGUGUACGAUCGUGGGGGUAGACUACAACCAUCCGGAGACAGAGGAAGAGAAAGAACUGACCAAAAUCGGUGGUCCCGUGCCGUAUCUUCAGCCAAAUAUUAGUUUAUUAGAUAAUCUGAACCAGAUCACCGAUGCAAAUCGGUUCACUAGCAGUGCCCAACAGAUUCAGGAAUUUCUCCUGGUGCUGGCGAUUUGCAACACGGUGGUCGUAAGUGCCACACCUCACAAGGACCACAUGAACGCGAGCGGCGUGAUCGAGUUGAAUGACAGUGAUACGAGCAUUACCUUGGUACGGCCAGUGGUUACCGAUGCGAUUGCAAAUGGAGUUGAUCCGGCUAGCGAUCGGUAUGCAAGGCUUACAGAAUCACGAUCGAUUACACCGUCGCCACCACCGAAUGUCCCUACUUCACUGCCACUAAAGCAAACCCAUGUGCCAUCGCUGUCGCCCAUAAGCAGCUCAGCGGAAACAUCCCCCAUGUCGGAAAGUCCUCCGAUGAAGCUGAAAGCGAUUACGCCAACAGCGCGUGUCAAAUCCCUUGUCGCCAAACUACCCAAAGGUCCAUUCAAAUCUAGUAGUAGUAAGAACAAGUUUAGCAUGAAUAGCGUUAAGUUCCAAAAGUCCCAUUCUCAGGGAUCGACACCAAGUGAUCGACGGCCAAUUUUCGAAGCAGAGAGUCCUGACGAGCUUGCGCUAGUCAACGCGGCAUACAGCUACGAUUGCUGUUUGAUAAAUCGAAGUCCCAAUCACGUUUUAGUGAAUGUUCCCGGGGAAGGCGUUAUUGAGUACGAAGUUCUUAAAAUAUUGCCAUUUGAUUCCAAUCGCAAGUGUAUGUCAGUAGUGGUGCGUAAAACCGGUACCCAAGAAGUUGUUUUGUAUACCAAGGGCGCUGACAGUUCCAUCAUGUCUAGUUUGGCGCCAUGUGCUACAGAUUCCGAAGAAUACCGGCUUCGUGAACAAACGCAGCACCAACUAAAUAUGUACGCCCGCCAGGGUUUACGCGUACUCGUUAUGGCGAAACGGCGUUUAGAUCCAACGGAUUUCUCCGAAUGGUACAGAAAACACCAGGAGUGUGAACUGAGUAUGGAGAAUCGUGAGAAGAAAAUUCGAGAAUCGUUUGGUCUUUUGGAACGCAACUUCACUCUCCUUGGUUCAACCGGCAUUGAAGACCGCCUGCAGGAGGGUGUGCCGGAAACAAUCGCCUCUCUACUACAAGCUGGAAUUGUGAUAUGGGUGCUUACCGGGGACAAGACGGAAACGGCGAUUAAUGUUGCCUACUCAGCACGACUGUUCAACUCUCAGAUGGACAUCCUACGUUUGACUGCUCGCUCACGGGAUUCGGCUGAAGCCUGUAUAAAUUUCUAUCUCAACGAAAUUGAAAAACAAUUGAACGACGUGGAUUUUUCGAUUCGGAGUGAUCGGGAAAAGGGACGGGCACUGGUGGUGGAUGGGAAAACGCUUACAUUUAUCCUGGAUUUGCGAUCGAAUUUGACAAAACCGUUCCUUAGGUUGACCAGAUACUGCUCAUCGGUUCUGUGUUGCAGAGCAACCCCACUGCAGAAGGCUUUCUUGGUAAAGGUGGUAAAGGAAGAGCUACGCAUGAGCACGUUAGCGAUUGGCGAUGGUGCCAAUGAUGUUUCAAUGAUUCAGAUGGCCGACGUGGGUGUUGGUAUUUGCGGACAAGAAGGAAUGCAAGCUGUGAUGGCGUCCGAUUUUACAAUAGCAAAAUUUAGGAUUUUAGAGAAGUUAUUACUCAUACAUGGUCACUGGAACUACGAUCGGCUUGGCCGGAUGAUAACGUACUUUUUCUACAAAAAUGCUGCCUUCGUAUUCCUGCUUUUCUGGUAUCAGCUGUACUGCGGGUUUUCCGGUGCCGUCAUGAUAGAUGAAAUCUAUUUAAUGAUUUACAAUCUCAUCUUUACUGCCCUGCCUCCACUUGCCAUUGGUGUCUAUGACAAAAAAAUAAUCGACGACUUAUUGCUCAACUAUCCGCGACUUUAUCGACAUGGUCGCCUGGGGAAAGGCUACAAGGCACACACGUUCUGGGUGGUUAUGUUCGAUGCUCUGUACCAGAGUUUAGUGAUAUUCUUUAUAGCAAAAGCGGCCUUUUGGGACUCAGACGUGGACGUUUGGGUUUUUGGUACGACCAUCACUUCGUCUUGUCUAUUCGCAAUGCUUCUCCACUGUGCCAUAGAAGUUAAAUCAUGGACAAUACUACACGUUUUAUCAAUCGCAAUCAGCAUAGGAUCGUUCUACUUGUUCGCCUUUGCGUACAACAGCGUGUGUGUUAGCUGUUUCGGUCUCCCUUCCAACUAUUGGGUGAUUAACUAUUGGGUGAUUCAAAUGAGUAUGAGUUCCAUACAGUAUUAUCUCAUAACUGUCCUGACUGCUGUGCUUGCUCUGUUGCCCCGCUUCAUUUAUCGUGUCCUGGAGAACACCGUCUGGCCCGGCGAAGGUAUUCGCGUAACUAUACAGCACAAGGAAGAGAAACGAAGAGAACCGCCAAUAACUGGAUUGCGUAUAAGACUGUAACCAGCAACCUCCCCGGAAGAAGCGCGAGGAACCUGCACUAAGAUAUACCCAUAUAUUUCAUCAUUGAUAUGUUCACAAUUGAUUUUAUUAGGCGAUUCCAGAAUGACGAAAUAAUAUUUUUAAAGAGCAGCGAUCUUCGUCUCGUCUCCAUAAAUAAAUGUAGAACUCCUGUUCAUAUCAACACAGAAUGGAGUGUGCAAAGGGAAGUUUAGUGAAAUUGCUGGCGACCUUACUCAAUUGACCCAAACUUUACUACCCAAAGUACGUGAAGUAACAAACGUUAUAAAAUUAUGGUUGUAAAUGUUAAGUCAACUGAUGCUUACCUCUUUCAAAACAGAGUGUUGUUACCUCUGACUAUACAAUCGUCCCGCUUACAUCUGAAAUAUUCUAGUGGAUCGUAAUCAUUGCGCCUGCCUUGUCACAAAUCGCGAUAGUGCAUUUUAUUUUAACACAAAACAAUACGCUUAACGAAGGAAAUAAUAAGUAGCAGUGCUUCAGUGUAGUAUCAGAAUACUUUUCGUAAUCUAGUUGUUUGAUUGAAGAAAACGUAACAAAAAAGGCUGUGAGAAUACUGAGCACUACGUAAAUGAGCCGAGACGCUGCACACUUGACACAACAAUCAAGAAAGUGUGCCGAUUAUAGGGUUAGAGACAAUAAGCAAUGUUUGUAGGCUAUUUGAUAGCGAGAAAAACUUGACUAGUGACAAACUGGGUACUGAUCUAAGAAUAACCAGUAAACUUAUUGCGGGAGUAACAACGAUAAUGACAACAAGAUUACACACGAAAAUCCAAGUGGACAUUGCUGGGGCAUCCACUUUUGGGUUUAUUUACUGCUGCCUAGAUGCGCUGAAGACAAUUUACUGUUAACAUACCUAUAUACAAUGUGCAAAAUAUUAGUAUUCCUCGGUUAUAGAGAACGCAAUGGUAGCGAAGUCCGAUAGUAAAUUAUUUAAUUUUAUCUACUAAGCAAAAUACAGUAAUAUGAAAUUGACUUUAACAGAUUUAUAAUAUUAACUAAUUCUACUAAACAAAACAUGUUACUGAAUAGUGAGCCAAUCUGUAUAUAAUGUGAAACGACAGUAGGAAUCUAAAUUGAAACUGUUAUGUAAGUAUUAUAUUUUAUUGGUCAAGUCAAAAUAAACUGAUUUUUACGGAAAA